UUGUAAACAGAAGUAAAUACAUAGUUUUCUUCUCAAGUUAUUUUUUUCUCAAAGUAAUAAAAAUUACAGCGAUAUUGAAGUCGUUGAGAAAUUAGAAUUCGUAUUCGGAAAUCGGAAUUCGUAAAUUUGAAUUCAUUAAAUUGGUUCUAAAUAAUAGAUAAAAUAAAAAAAACAAACAAUGGAAGGACAAAUCCCUCAUUCGCUAAAAGUAGAAUGGAUGAACACCGCAUUGAAAUAUUUAGAAAACGACAGCCAAUUUAUUUUUGAGUACCCGGCGAUGCCUGUUAAUUUCUUAGAGUACAUACAAAACUCAAUUUGGCUCUGUAAAAACAUUGAUUUAGAUUUAAAAUCAUCGUUUAAAGAUGCAUUGAGGAUUUUUAGCGUGAAAUAUGAAUUUAAAAUUACAGUUGCAAAAGGACAUUUAGUAGUAGAAAAAAUGCCAAAGAAACAUCUAGAGAAUCAAGAUGAACUCCAACAACAGAAUGGACAACAAGCUGAUGAAGAUAGUUUUAGUACUGACUGUGAAGACGAUGAAACUGAUCAAACCCUACCUGGGUCGCCAACUCUUCACCAAACACACAGUCAAAAAGGCAGAAACAAAAUUAGACCUAGAAUACGCAGAAGCAAAACUGAGAAAUUCUUCAUAGACACACAGAAGAUCAUUGAGUCUAUAUCCCCUGUGUUACUAAAGAAAUCUAUGAAGAAUAUUCUAGACUUUCUAUUAGAUAAAGAGGAAGCCAGUAUAAUAUUUUCAAAUUUAGCACCAGUUGAAGCAAGAUUUUUGGAAAAUUUUCUAGGUAUUUACAAGAAACGCCAAUCCCUCGAAGAAACCUUACCACCUGCAUGCAACGUUAUUCUGAAUAAAAUGUGCGAAUUCUUCAAAGAGUUCGAUAAACAAUGCAAGUUGGAAGUCUACGCUGCUAAAUUUAAUGCUAACACCACGAAGAGAGAGGUCAAGUUUAUGAAAGUACCGAGGUACACAAGAAAUAACGCAAAGCAACCGCAAACAAAUCAUGAUGUAGUUCAUGUAAUAGAACAUAUACAAAAAACCAACAGGAACACCCCAAACCCAAAUUUUGGUGAAACUAUAAAAAAUAACAGUUUAAUAGUCACAAUAUCAAAUGGGAAUACAGAUUGUUUUGACCACAGAAAAAAUAGAGAAGUAAUAUCGUCUAACGCUGAAGUCAAGGACCAGCGAUUCAUAGCCAAUAAAACAGAUACCACAGGUAGCACAGAAAUAAAAUUGCCCAUGAAAUCUGUAGUCAAAGAAGUUAUAUCGUCUAACGCUGAAACCAAGGACCAGCGAUUCAUAGCCAAUAAAACAGAUACCAAAGGUAGCACAGAAAUAAAAUUGCUUAUGAAAGCUGUAAUCAAGGACAAUCGAACAAUAGUCAACAACAUUGAUAAAGUUAAAUUGGCGGCGAACGAUGAAGCUAAAGACAUGAACCACGCAGAUUCCAAAGAUAGUAUAGAAAAUAAAAAAAAGGCCACAGAUAAUAAAGAAGUCAUAGUGUCUAAGAAAGCUGAGACAGAAGACAAUCGAUCCAUUGAAAAUGAGGAAGUUGUUGCUGAUAAACUCAGAGUUUCAGAUGGAGAACUUAUAAAGGAAAAAAUAGAUGAAAUAUCAAAAAAAACAGUACUGCCAGUGAAUAAAUCCAGUGGGCAGGUUGAAAAACCGAUAAUAAACAAUAAUAAAACUACGGAGGGCUCACCUGUCAUCGCAGAUGGUUCUAGAAAAGAGAAGUUGUUGCGAGCCAUGUCCACUCCCAUGCAGAGUGAUAAAGGGUCAAGAAUGAUGCGUCUGAUGGGAUGGGAGGGCGGAGCCCUAGGUCUGCGUGGCGAAGGCAUCACGGAACCCAUCAUACCUGCGCUUAAUAUCGUGGCCGGUAAAGGCUUGGGUCACGUGACAGAAAUACCCAAACCAAAACCAGCCAAGCCGGUCAAACCAGCGAAAACGGACAAUCGUGUUGAAUUCCUCAAGACUGUACUGGAACUAAUAAGAAGAAAAACACCCAGCAGUGUCAGUUAUUCAGUAGCUCUGACCAAAAGGGAGAAUAAAUGUUUUAAUAAUAUCAUACAUAAUCUGAAUACGAGGACUCCCGUCGUCUUAACGGCUGCAGAACAUGUUAUUGUGGCUAAAAUAGAGAACAUUAUGGAAACUGAGGAGAAUCUGUCCUUGGAUAUGGUACUCUCGCGUAAUUCUAAAGAACUAACGAUAAAUAAAUCAACAGAUCGCAUUCUGGAAACGAAAGCGGACAAAAAAAAGAAGCUUAAGCUUUUAAACGAGACGAAAGAGUCAAAGGAUCAAAUGUCACUGGACAGUUUGAAAAUAUAUUUCUGCACUUCAGUGCUAGAUUUUAUGAAGAGUGAUCACAACUCGAAGGAAAUAUGUUUCUUUGGCAAUUUGUCUAAGAAAUUCUUCAAUUUCACAAAAAGUGUAUGCAUCUGCAUCAACCAAAGAACUGCGGUGCCUUUUGCAAAUGUGGCAAAAUUGUGUAUGGAAAUCUUGGAGCACACUAAAGACUGCUAUUUGGACGCCCAAUUCGAUUUAAAUAACAAAAGAUCGGUCCUCUUACGCAAGCUAUACUUCGAAAAACCGUGUAUUAAUAAAGAAGUACUGAAAUGUGCCAUAAACAAAUAUACUAACAGUAAAAUACCUGAUGAAGAUACUAUAAACAAUAAAAUAACUGAACACGCAGAGGAAGAAAGAGUUUUACAAAAUGUGGAAGUUGAUAACUCUGCAUGUAUCGCAAUAUCAAGUAGAAACAAUAACUUGGAUGGUCAACAAAAUUCUAAGGGAAUUACAAGUCAACAAACAAGCCCAAGCUAUGAAAUAAAGAAAAAUACUAGUGAAACUGCUGAUAAAGUAUUUAUGUUUAAGGGUAACAGUAAACCAAACAAUAAUUUCGUCAAUAACUCUAAAGAAGUCAACGAAGGAAGUAUACAACUGAUAGAAGAUGUAGUAAGACUUGCACAAAACCAAAAUAAGUUGAAGAGAAAUAAUUUUACUUUCGAAAUAAAUAAUUUUAAAACAAUUGAAAAAGAUUUGAUGCAAUGGACUAUAAAUUCACUAACUAACUUAACGCAGAAUGGAUACUUUGAAGUAGUCAAAAAGAAAUUGCAUAAUAAAGAAUUACAUACAAACGACCGAGAAGAUAGUGAUUUACAUACGAAUGAUAUUUCGCAUGACAUUACUGAUAAUUCUAGGAAAUGGUAUAGGCUUAGUGAAACAUUUUUGAAGCAAGACGAUGAUCGAAACAUUUCAUUAAAUAAAAGUGAUGAUAAUACUAAUAAUAAAACGCGUAGCGUGAAUGAUGUAGAAUCAGAACAAUGUUUUAACGAAAUUAAAGUGAAACUGGCAAAUAUUAAAUUAAGUACAGAUAAAGCAGAAGAUGAUAUUAAAACGGAAACAGAUUCUAGGAAAAAUGGUGAGAGGGAAUCGCAAAAAUUUGACAAUAAAGUUGAAAAACAUUCCGAAUUAGAUAAAUCUCAAGAAACUCUUGAAAUUAAAUCCUUAACAGAUCAAAUACAAGUAAAUAAUAAUCAGUUAAAUUACACUAAAGAAGUUUUAAGAAAUAGUAGUAAAGAUGGGAGAGGUGAAUUUAAAGAAUCACAAAAAACAGUUGAAAGUAUUUCUACUUUAGAUACUUUAGAUUAUGAUAAAGAUAUGAAUAUAAAUGACAUUAAAUAUUUAAGUGUUUCGAGUAAUGUAAUUAAAGAAAAUAGUAAACACUGUCAUGACAUUGUUAUCAUUGAAACUAAUAUUAUAGAAACAGCAGAAGUACACAAAAAGAUUCAAAAUAUAAUCGAAAAUAUGAAUUACGAUAAAGGGUUUCUACCGCAUUUUAAUUACCAUGGGGUUGUGGAAAGAGGUAUAGUUUAUAGUUGCCACAAUAAAGACACUUUUCAUUGGUUGAAAGGUGUUUUACGUGAAUAUAAUAUAAAAGAUUACAAAAGUUUCACAAACGUCCAUAAAAUGAAGAUAAAUAUAACAAGUUUUAAUAGCGAUCCGAUGAAAUUUCUCGAGUUAUUGGAGGUUUAUAAUAAAGGUCUGAGUUGUCUGAAUUGGAAGAUAACAUCCCAAAAUUAUAUGCUUUUUUUGUUGGUAAUAGUUGUGGAAAUAGAUGACCUUUCUUUUAAAUAUAUUCGUGAUAAUAAUUUUUCUUUAUCCGUCGGUUACGGUUUUGCAAAAUUUAGUAUAGGAUUAUAGGGUAUAUACCUAUAAUCCUAUACUAAAUUGAGUAAUGUUAGGGCAUUUUUAAAUUUGGCGAUACUUGUCCUAGCAGACACGCGAAAGCGACACGGGUUUGAACUUGAAGUUUUCGAUUCAACGGCGUGGUAGCAAUAACAGAAAGAAGCCGAACUUUCAACAAUCACGUCUAUAGUCACGCGUGCGGUUCUGCUAUUCUACAAAAUAUACCCCUACGCACUUCGUUGCCUGCCCUCGUUUUACUAAGAUUGCCUACAAACUUCCUCAACAGUUGGUCUAUCAAUUACAAAAAAGAUUAUUCAAAUCCAACUGACUUAUAGUUUCAGAGAUAAGCAUUCAAACAAAAGAACAAACUGCAGCUUUAUUAUUAUUAAUGAUAGUGUACGUUUUUUUUUUUUUAAUUUGAUUUACGAGUACGUAUAAUUAGGUAUUUGAUACUUUCAAGUAAGAGAGCGCACAUGCAUUACUGUUUAAUUACGUAAUUACUUCGUAAUCGUGUAAAGUGUCUGCCAGUGAAAAGUCAUACUUUAUGUCUAUGUAAUAACGAUUUCAACGUGCGUUUCUGCUUCGUUAUGAUGUAUAACGAUUCCGAUAUAUCCACGACAUUGGUAUUGUGUUGGCCAAUGAAAAAACAUUCUUAGCUGUAGUCUGUAUCUUAUCAUAAUAAAGAAAGACACUUGUCUAUGAGUGAUAUCUAUAAGGUGAAGUUAAACUUUUCUUUCAUAAAACUUGGUUAGCCUUAAACUAAUUAAAUCAAGUAAAACUUUUCUUUCAUAAAACUUGGUUAGCCUUAAGCUUAUUAAAUCGUAGUUAGCUUUCACGCAAACAAGUAAACUUUGAGAAAAUCUCAUACUUGGCACCCAGAGGUUAAUAAGGAAUCGGAGCAUUGUUGCUCGUAAUAAUAUUUUAUGGCAGUCCACGUUCGCUUAAAUAUCAGGAUACAGUGUAAUUUUUUAAGUUUAUUUUUUUCAAUGAAAUACUGUGAUAAUUGGUUAAUGUGUGUUUUUUAACGUUGCUGAAGAAUAAAUUAAACACAGUAAAUCAUAA